UCUAUUUUUAGCGUCUUACAAAAUGGCGAAGGUUGGAGGAGAAAAGAGUUGAGAAAUAUUAUGAGGUAGCUUCCUAUUAUAGAUCUUUAAAUAUCAUUCAGUUAUCAUAUCAGCUAGUACUGUAGACUACGAGGCAGAAGUAACAUCAAGCAUUCASGAUGUUUCGAAAACCCGAUCCCAAAGAGCAAAUGCGACAGCAAAAAAGACAGCUUAAUAGAGCACAACGUGAACUAACGAGAGACAAAAAUGCUUUAGACAGACAAGAAAAACAACUGGAAGCAGACAUAAAGAAAAUGGCAAGGCAGGGAAAUAAACAGGCUGCUACUACAUUGGCGAAGCAGCUCCUGAUGUUACGGAAACAGAAGACCAAGAACAUGAGUGUGAGCGCCAGGCUAACAGGUGUUGGUUAUCAAGCACAGUCAAUGCAGUCAAUGGCAAAGAUGGCAGGUGCCAUGUCAUCUGCUUCUAAGACAAUGGCAAGCAUGAAUGCACAAGUCAAUCCACAAGCAUUACAAAAAACUUUACACAACUUUGAAAUGGAAUCUGCAAAGAUGGACAUGAAGGAAGAAAUAUUGAAUGAAGGACUUGAUUCAGUUCUUGAUGAAUCUGGUGAUGAAGAGGAGCAAGAUGCCAUUGUCAACCAAGUAUUAGAUGAAAUUGGUAUAGAURUUUCUGGAAAGUUGGCAGAGGCACCUUCAGCACACAACAGUAGGCUUGCUGCAGGAUCUAAAAACACUGCUGAUUCUGAGAUAGAAGAAAUGCUGGCCAAACUAAAAGCAUAGUGAUAAUGACCAAUGUUUCUUAAAACACCAGUGUAUGCGGGCUUAGCCUCACUUCCCACAUGCAUCAGAGUUUUAAGAUUAGUAAAUCGACCCAUUUUUACUCUUUUGUCUCUCUCAGAAAUCAUAGAAAUUAUUUUCAAAUCAUUACAAGACUUCCAAUAGGACAAUGGCUAUUUUUACAUUGUAAACAGUAUUUAUUUCUCAUAUUUUUCUUUGACUGGUCAAGGAUUGAAGCCAAGCCAUGAAUUCCCUGAGGGUUCAGGUGUAUGCUUCAGAUAAGGUGUAAAAUCUGCCCAGUGUCAAAGCCAUAAGCUUAUGCUAGAAUCAAGCACUGGUUUCUGCAGUUGCCAUGUUGGCUAAAUUUAACGUGUUAUAUCUUGUUAUAUCAAUCAACAGUGUCAUGCCRUGUCUUUGUUAUUUCAUUCUUUAAUGAAUUAUUGAAAACYAGCAAUACACACACACUUGUAACAGUCAAUGAGGUCCAAGAUAAGCUAUUGUGUUUCAUUUAUCAUUUGCAGUAAAUACGAAGACAAACCUAUAAAUGACACAGCUAUAAGGAGGGCUCCUGCAAAAAAUACAAUGCAUAAUUGUCUUGUAAAUAAAAAUAUAUAACUCACUUAAUUGGAUAAUAAAAAACAUAAAUGUUGCA